GUCAAUUAAUCAAAGUGUCGAUUAGUUUACAGCGUGGAGUGAAUUGAAUUUGUAAAAUAUCAAUUAAAUACAACGUUUAUUGGUAAAAUAUAAACAAACCCAAAAUGGAGGAGGUCCUUGAGACGAUGCAGCUGCAGGACAUGCAGUGCGACGUGUGCGGGGAGAAGACCUUCCAGGAGCGCGAAGGAUUCUAUUACUGCGUGGAGUGCGGCACGCAGAAGGAUCAGAUUCGGGCUGUGGACCUAACUGCGGAGGAUAACUUCAAUGACACCACCAAGUAUGCCUCCAGGACCAUCCGAAGGCCAAAGGAAGUGCCCAAGAACGUUGACAACGACCCCACCUCGUGGGAGUUCUACAACUACGUGCUGCGCGGCUUCCUCCAGGAGCUGCUUAACAUGGGAGCCAAGCCGGAGCUCAAGCUGAUGACCCUGCAGGUGUGGGCAGCCUACAUGGGCCGCAUGGAAGUCGCCUUCUGCCGGGGCAACGAGUCGGGAAAGCCCAAGCUCAAUGUGCGGGCACUGCUGAGAGAUGCCCGCCUUAUCUACAAAUACAAGCCGCCCAAAGUUAAAAAAGGCAAAAAGCAAAAUCAAUCGGGCGACCCAAACGACGAGCGCGCCAAGUUCAGAUUGUGGAACAGGACCAAGCGCAAUCUUGACGCCUCGGGCUACAAGAAGCAUGGAGGUCCUUUAGAGUCCGAGGCGGGACAAAGUCUGGGCCUUCAAUGGUCCACGUAUGCCCGCAGGACUCUGAAACGCCAUAUGCCCCUAAAACACCUAGAUAAGCACAGUAGGGACAGCAAGGCCAGCAUGUCGUGCCACACCCUAAAACCCAAGGCCAAGGAACUACACUUUUUUGACCGUAACGUAUAUUGCCUGAACGUUAUGAAGUUAUACGUUGUGCUGGGAAUAGCCCUUAACAUGGUGGAAGAUGAUAUACAGCUAACGGACCUGCAGCGGUUCAUUGAUGAGGAGCACUUGUCCAAGCGGUACAUGUUCAACUACCUGCCCGAAAAUGUUGCCGCCAGGAAAAGGUCGCUGCUCGCGGAUAUGGCGCUCAGACGCCAGAAAGAAAAGUUCAACCACACGUGCCUGCGCCAACAUAUCGGCAUGGUGUCACGAUUUAUAGAUAUGUCUGACUACCAGAAACCGAAUCUGCACUCCCUGGCGGAGCGCUAUAUCCUGGAUUUGGGACUGCCUCCGCGCCUAGUCAAGUACGUAGGCGGCAUCAUCGACCUGUAUCCGCCAAAAUUCUUCAACGCCUUGGGUCCACACGUGUACCCGCCGUUUGAGGCUAGGACGAUGGCCUAUAUCAUUUACGCCAUGAAGUUGCUCUUCGGUUUGGACGAUAUCAAGGAGCAAAAGAUAUCCGAAUCGGCAGCAAAAAUCAACGAACAACUGCUGGAAGUUGGCGGACCAGAAGCUCCCUUGCUGUUUGUUUUCACCGAGUGGAUGGAGUUCGUGGAGAUACGGAAAGUAAUUAUCUCACAUUACAACCAGAGCUUUGCCCAACGCUUCGGGGUACCCACCCAAAAUGGAAGGCAUGUGGAUGACAUCUUGGCCAAAGAGCAAAAGGAAAAGGAACAGGGGGGCGGCUUUUAUGAGAUGGCGUGCAUGCCGUCAUUGAAGCGUCAGCACGAGAACCUGACCCACAUCAUCGAAACUAUGCUGAAGGAGCACUUUGGAGAGUCCAGCCAAGAAAGUAUGGAAAAAGAUCACAUUGAAUUCCAGCCCAGCUUAACACCGGCUUUAUCCUACUUCAAAAGAAUCCUGCUCCAAGCCUCACGGUCUGAUGGUGCGCAUGUGAGCAUAAGGAUUCCAGACUGCAUGCACGUGGAUCACUCGCAGCGGAACCUGGAUCCCUUUGUCCUAGAGACUAAAGAGCUCACCCGGUAUUUGGCCCAGCACGGUCUAAGCCUGCGAGUGGAGGAGGUGGCCUGUCAGGAGGACUUUCAAAAAGUAGGCCUUUUCCGUCCAUUGCAGCAUCUGAGAGGUGAGAAUAAGGAAUUUCGCGCCAACUGUGAUAUUAAAACCGAGACGUGGCUCGGCGAACUAAGAAGAAAGGAGAAGCGGCCGGACCUCCAAUUCUAUCAGCCCACUGGAAAAUAUGGUGCCCGGUAUCUUAAACGUAUAAAACACGGUUUCGGAAUGCGUGAACGGCUCGAGCACAGUAAUCCUUUUUGGGAGAUUACCGAGACGCCGAGUUUCUUGAUCAAACUGAAAGACAAGGAAGUUCCACUAGACACUUUGAGCUCUCUGCAAACAUUCGAGGAGGGGAGCAUGGAUCCGUUAAGCGUCCCUCUCGAUCUGCCUCGACGCCAUUUGGAGAAAAAGCUGAAUUCCAUAGAGCCAGAGAAGGAAUCAGAUGAAAGAACAGAAGAUACAGGUGACGAGCCGCCCAACCCUGAGAAACUAUUGCUGCAAGUAUCCAACUUUGAUUGCUGGCUUCUGCACGGCUAUGUGAAGAUGCUUCGGCAGUCGGACAAGCGUGUGCUGCGCCAGUUAUUUCCCUGCUCCUUUCGCUGGCUGCUAGAGACCUGUGCCAACACCAUUGGCGUGGAUUGGGAUAUCCUCUAUGAGCAACUUUUAGUUAUAGAGAUGAUGUUUCACCACAGUAUUGUAAACUGGAGUAACCACAAGGAAGUUUUAUGUAUUCAGCACAAUACACAAGAGAAGGACAUUAGAAAUCUGGCCAGGAUGUACAAAGAUUGGUGGUAGUAUAAGUAUAAUGUAGUUUCCAAAAGAAUAAAACUUCUACUGCUUCAAAUACAAAAUAUUUAGCAUACAUCUAGGGUAAAUAAUAACCACGUAA